AUACUCGCACUUCAUGAUUAACGUAACGUCAGGCUUACGAUUGAUCCCGGCCGCUUACGACUGCAUUUGACACAAUUUGACAUGAGGUUAAGUAAUUUGACAUGAGGUUAAAUAAUUUGAGAUUUGCGACUUGAAUUCACUGGGCAAGAAGAUACUGACGAAAUCUCAGAUCUGGCUGCAGUGCAACAAGUGUAAAUACACCACGCAUCAUGAUUCCUUUAUGAUGCAUCGCAUGAAAGAUCAUAACGAUGAAAGGGCAGCUGACGAAUACAUCUUCGAGAGCUAGCAGAAAAGUGAAAGACAUAGUUACAACAAAGUGAAUGACUUGGAGAACAAGAAGAAUGAAACAGAUUGAGUAGCGCUAAAUCCAAGAGAAAUUGUUCAGAUGCAUUCUUGCUAUCUGUUACAAUUUUUAUAAUUAUAGGUGACACUGUUGAUAUGUUACAGAUAAUUCUGACAUUGUUAUCAAGGAUGAUAAAGCGAUGGAGGUAACACUUUUGAAGCCGAUUCAGUCAGUUUUCCCUAUUACUCAAUCCACCCCACUACCACUGUUGGAUUUAUCAAAUUGUAAUCAUUUAUAUGCUUCCGCUACAUUACCAGCGAGUGUUUCCACGUUGUCCCAAGAACAAAUGUAUGUUCUGCAGCCGAUUGACACGGCUGAUAUUGAAAACUUGAGGAAGAUGAUAAGAUUGGACUUGUAUACUGAGCAGAAAAUGGAAAUGAAGAGCGAAAGUAGAAAAUGGAUAACCUUGAAAAAAGAUGGAAGUCUAGAACUGGUAGAGAUGCCUUGGAACGAGACAGAAGGAUCGAAUAUUGACGAUGGUGUUUGAUUAACUGUGCAAAAAUCAAAGACACUUUAGUAUUACAUUUGGUUGCUUUAACUGUUGAAAAACUCAGUGUAAUAUACAGAAAUUUAUUAUAAUUCUAAUGUUAUAAAUGAAGUAACUUUAUUCGCCAUACUUGAAUUUCCGCAUGACACUCGCAAUGAUGUUUAUUUUGCUGAUCAAAGCUGUGUCAUGUUGACAAUACAUCGAUGUCAAUUGACUCACGGUUGGAAAAAUCGCAGUUUCGCUCUUUCAAUUUUAUUUAUAUUGCUAAUUGUUAUUCCUCUUAAUCGUAUGUUACUUCGUAAACAACCGUCGUUGUUUGAAUAAUGCAUACUUUCAUUAAUUGUAAUUUAAAGAAAAGAAUUAUAAUAAAAAAAUUUAUCCCACGGAAAAAA